AUGGCGCUCACCUCCCAGAGCCUCUUCUUCACCCCGUCGCCCGCCGGGCCUUCCCGGCGAGGCCGGGGGCGCCCCGUCACCAUGUCCGCCGCCGCAUCGCACAACUCGCAACCCCGAAACAACCCCUUCGCCGUCUCAUCCUCCGCCCCCAAAUCCGAAUCCAAUACCUCCAAAACCGACCUCGCCCUUGGCUCCGCCAUCGCCGCCGCCGCCUCCGGCGCUUUCCUCCUCGCCUCCUCUGGCGGCUUUGGGGGCGGCCCCGGGGGCCCCCUCGGCGGGGGAGGCGGAUGGGGCGGCGGCGGCGGCGGCGGCGGUGCCGGUGGCGGGGGCGGCGGGGGCUUCUGGUCGCGGAUCUUCUCCGCCGGCGCGGCGAAUGCCGACGACAAGUCGUCGUCCGACUGGGACCCGCAUGGCCUCCCGGCCAACAUCACCGUGCCGCUCUCGAAGCUGAGCGGCUUGAAGAGAUACAAGUUGUCGGAGCUCAAGUUCUUCGACCGUGCCGCCCCUGGCGGAGGUGGCGCCACGGAUGCCGGGCCAGAGGAUUCCUUCUUCGAGAUGGUUACCCUGCAGCCAGGCGGCGUGUACACCAAGUCGCAGCUUCUGAAAGAGCUCGAGACGCUAGUCUCCUGCGGCAUGUUCGAGCGGGUUGACCUAGAAGGGAAGGCCAAACCUGACGGCACCCUUGGCCUCACCGUCUCCUUCACAGAGAGCGUCUGGAGUGCAGCCAAGCAGUUCAAGUGCAUCAAUGUUGGGCUUAUGGCGCAGUCCGGCCAGGCUGACUUCGAUCAGGACAUGACUGAGAGGGAGAAGAUGGACUACCUUCGGAAGCAGGAACGGGAUUACCAGCAGCGUGUCCGCGGUGCCAUGCCGUGCAUUUUGCCAGAGUCCGUCCGAGGGGAGGUUCUGGCAAUGAUGAAAAAACAGGAGAAGGUGAGUGCCAGGAUGCUGCAGAAGAUCAGGGACCAUGUUCAGAAAUGGUACCACAAUGAGGGCUUUGUAUGCGCACAAGUGGUGAACUUUGGAAACCUUAACACCAGUGAGGUUGUGUGUGAGGUGGUCGAGGGGGACAUAACCAAAGUGGAGUACCAGUUCCAGGAUAAGCUAGGGAAUUUUGUGGAAGGGAAUACCCAAAUUCCUAUCAUCGACCGGGAGCUGCCCCAGCAGCUUCGACCUGGUCAUAUCUUUAAUAUUGGAGCAGGAAAACAAGCUCUGAAGAAUAUAAAUUCGCUCGCUUUAUUCUCCAAUAUAGAAGUGAAUCCACGUCCCGAUGAGACAAAAGAAGGUGGUAUUGUUGUUGAAAUUAAGCUUAAGGAACUAGAACCAAAGUCUGCUGAAGUAAGCACAGAGUGGAGUAUUGUACCUGGACGUCAAGGCAGACCCACCCUGGCAUCCAUUCAACCUGGAGGAACUGUGUCAUUUGAGCACCGCAACAUCUAUGGUCUUAACAGAUCCAUUGUUGGUUCUGUGACAUCCAGCAACCUGCUCAACCCUCAGGAUGAUCUUUCAUUCAAGCUUGAAUACGUCCAUCCUUAUUUGGACGGUGUGGAUGACCGUAAUAAGAACCGCACCUUCAAAACUAGCUGCUUCAACACCAGGAAAUUGAGUCCUGUCUUUGUUGCUGGCCCCAAUAUGGAUGAAGCUCCACCUGUCUGGGUUGACCGAGUUGGAUUUAAAGCCAACAUAACAGAGAGCUUCACAAGGCAGAGCAAAUUCACAUAUGGCCUCGUGGUGGAAGAGAUUACAACACGUGAUGAAACCAACAGUAUCUGUACACAUGGUUCUCGGGCAAUGCCUAGUGGCGGCUUGAGCAUGGAUGGACCUCCCACGACCCUCAGUGGUACUGGUGUAGAUCGAAUGGCAUUUCUACAAGCAAAUAUUACUCGAGACAAUACAGAAUUUGUAAAUGGUGCAGUCAUUGGUGACAGAUGUAUUUUCCAGUUGGAUCAAGGUCUUGGCAUUGGAAGCAAAAGCCCACUCUUUAACCGUCAUCAGCUUACAUUGACAAAGUUCAUUAAUUUAAAUAAUCAAGAGAAAGGUGUUGGCAAGCCGCUGCCAGCUGUGUUGGUUCUUCAUGGUCAUUAUGCAGGUUGUGUAGGAGAUCUGCCGAGCUAUGAUGCAUUUACACUUGGAGGACCUUACUCAGUUAGGGGCUAUGGUAUGGGUGAACUGGGUGCAUCUAGGAAUGUUCUGGAGGUUGCUGGUGAGGUGCGCAUACCCGUGAAGAACACAUAUGUUUAUGGAUUUGCUGAGCAUGGCACCGACCUUGGGAGUUCCAAGGAUGUGAAAGGGAACCCUACUGAGUUCUUCCGACGCGUUGGCCAUGGAUCUUCUUAUGGUGUUGGCGUCAAGCUUGGCUUGGUAAGAGGAGAGUACAUCGUAGAUCACAAUACUGGGGCUGGAACCGUCUUCUUCAGAUUUGGCGAGAGAUUCUGA